AUGUAUCCUUCCGCUUUCUGCGAAGAGGUCCCAAUGCACGACCGCAGCCGGGAACGUGCUAUGGAGGGUCGCCACCGUGCCCGCCACCUUAGCCGCCGGGCCUCCUCCCCCUACCAACUCGGUUUCGCCACCUUCCCCGAAUCCCGUCGGAUCAGCUCUCUGAGCCAGUUCUCCCGCUCGCCACCGUCGAGCGCCACGACUUCGCCCCAGACGGACUCGCUUUCCCUCUCUCCGCCACCGACCGUUACUAGUUUCGACAGCGAGCGCACUCGCAGCAGCUCGCCACCACACAGUGAGGUACAGCUAUCAAUCUACUCCAAGCAUACCGCCACCUACGCAUGGCCCAAGUUCGAGUACCCUCCCAAGGAGGGCCAGCCCCCCGCGCGUAUUUACGUGCAGUACCGUAAGUCGCCCAGCGACGUCGACUCGAACUCGAGCAGCUCUAGCUCUCCCGCUGCUGGCCUGCAUCUUGUGGCGGGAGCUCACCGCGCGCCUUCCAGCUCGCUCCCCUUGCCGCGCGCGGUCUCGACCCCGGCUCGCUCCCGCGUGAGCUCCUCGCCCGAGUCUGACAUAUGCUCGUACCCGAGCAGCCCCUCGGACAGGUUCCUGAAGCACCGCAGGGUCACCACAUCGGACAUGGAGGCGGCGACGCGCGAGCGGUCGUCGCGCGAUCAGACGGCGCUCGACGCCCUCCAUGCCCUGCGCAUUGACGUCCCCGGGUCCCGCGCCCCCGCCGGGCUCCCGACAAGCGCGGAGCAGCCGGCGCCUCUGGCGGCACUCCCCGUCGCGAUCACCGCGGUCGGACAGACGGCGGAGAAAGCGGCCGAGUGGACGAAGCACGCGGAGGACCGCGGCGAGGAGGGCUUCGUGUGCACCUGGACGGACGACUUCACGCCGAACCCGUGCGGGUACAAGUCCAAGAAGCACCUGGUGAAGCGGCACAUCAACUCCAAGCACCUGCAAAGAAAACCCUGUAUCUGCCCCUUCUGUGAGAAGGGCUUCGCGCAGAAGAGCAACCUUAUGACGCACAUGAACACCCACACGGGCAACGCGCCGCAUAAGUGCCAAUACUGCAACACGUUCUUCAAGGACCCCGCGCGGCGGCAUCGGCACAUGCUGCAGGACCACCAGCACGUCAGCUCCCGGACAAAGAAGGGCCGGAUGCUCGCGCGCACCCAGGAUUUCUGA